CGCUUCAAGAUGGUUCCUUUCAUGUUGAUCAAUGGAAGGGUCAUUCAACCAGGGUUGCUCAGUGCCGAAUGAAAAUGGGCACAGUUGCUACAGGUGUGGGUGAUAAGGUUAUUCGUCUCUGGUCAGUAAACAGCUAUAGAUGCAUAGAAGAGUACUCAGUACCAGCUAUGCUUCCUCUGGUUGACUUUGAUUUUGACGAGAGCAAGAUUGUUGGUCUAAUUGGUAGUCGUUUAUGCAUUUGGAGGCGGAAUGGGAAAAGAAGCAUAUUUUCUUCCCCUGAAGGUGCAGUUGUAAAAGGGUCAUGCAUGCGCUAUUUUGAUCCAGAAGCUAUGGUUGGAUAUGAUGAUGGGGCCAUUCGUGUUUUUGACAUGUACAGCAGGAGCUGUUCUCAAAUAAUAAGGAUGCAUUCGGCACCUGUAACUUGUUUAUGUGUGAGUGAAGAUCAACUUAUAUUGAGUGGCUCCACUUCGGGGAGUAUUACAAUUUCAGAUCCUUACUCUGUCCAGCAAGUGACAACACUUAGAUCAAGUGAUGGCAGAGGUAUAAGGACCUUGUGUUUAAAUCCCUCCUCUCAGCUACUGUUUGCAGGAUCAGCUGUUGGAUAUACUUAUUGUUGGGACCUUAGGACAAGGAAACAGUUGUGGGGCAAACGAGUGAGUCCGAAUGUAAUAUACUCUGUGCAACAUAUGCGUGGUGACAGAUCAACACUAGCUGUUGGCGGAAUAGACGGUAUCUUAAGAUUUGUGAAUCAAAAUGAUGGUACCAUUGUUUCAAGUUGUAUCAUGGAGGAUAAAUUGAUAUCAAGCCCUUCAGGAUCCUUUCAGAGAAGGAAAGGAAGAAGGUUGCCAGAUAACUACCUAAAUAUUGAUAUCAUUCCUACGAGUGCUAGACCUUCUAUCACAUGCCUAGCUGUCGGAAUGAAGAAAGUUGUUACCACACACAAUUCUAGUGAUAUUAGAUUGUGGAAAUUUACCUGAAUAGCUGUACUUCAUAUUUUGCAUAGUCAAAAUUUUAUGUUAUUGGUUUGUGAUUUGUCUUCUAUGAUGAGAAGUUUACCAUCUCUUCACAUGCAGUACACCAUAAAUUAAGUUGGUUAGUAUUAGAGUCGUUAUAGUGUAAAAACGGAGAACUUUUAAUAAGAA